ACUUUAUUUUGUGUUGCGGCUCAUAGCAUUUUGAUUAUAUUAUCAUUUAAAUGGUUUUAUAAUAGCUUUUUAGUACUCGUCUUAAGUUUUUGUUCAUUUAAGAUGCAUAUGGUUACACUUCAAAUGAUAACAUAUGAUAAAUCUUCCCUGUAUCUUUUAAAAAGCGUAUAUACUUGGAAGUUUAAGUGUGCUAGAGUGAUUAAUAGCUGUUUCAGAUAGGAAAUACAUAGAGUAUUGAUAAUCACUUUUUCUUCAUUUGAGUGAUCACGUGUUCCGGCCUGUCAAUGAGCACCGCAGCGUCCAACUACCACGAAUCUUCCCAGUUCAUUCACCAUAGAUACGAGGACACAUCUCAAUCUGUCUUUUGGCAGCAACAGAAACUUAUUCAAGACGAAAAACGUCGACAAAAACUUACUGCAGCCACACACCAUUCUCAACCUUCCUAUAAACCCUUAGAUUUUAAUCUCUACCGCAGCCGAGGGGUUGCUGCUGUAGAAACAGAUCACACAAAUAACGGUUCUAGUCAGGUUAAGCCUCAGACGUCUCCAAGGAAAACUCCAGCCACUGAAACUCAAUUUUUGUCACAGACGAGUAACCAAGGGGAAAUAAAUAGUGAAAGCCCUAUACCUGGACCCAACUACACGCCAGCUGUAAAAUCCAGUGUCUGUAUUCUCACAUAACGAAAAGAGGUUUUGUUACGCUUGAAUUAAGCUGCUUUUCAGUGUACAUGUGUAGGUUAGUUGUUGUGAUGGGGCUUGUUAAAUGGAUGCACUGACUUGUAAACAGAUUUUGCUUUUAGAAUUAGCAAGGCAUAAGGACAACUAAUCCUUUUUUGGUAAACUGUGAAAUAAAUUAGCUUAACGCUUAAAAGGGAAGGCCUAAAGCUUUUCUGGCUUCAUCAACACCGCAUGAAUAUUGAUUUCAUAUUGUUGGGAUGAAAGUUUUGUGCUGAUUUAUGUUUCGUCUUUUAGAUACUCCGUGUUGUGUAUUUGUGUGGCUUUAUGUAAAAGUUUCAAAUUAUUUAAAGUGUGCUUGAGUUGACUGGUUUUGAUUUUCAAUAGAAACUGUGUGUGUUUUAAAGUUGUGAUGUAUAUUUUAGCUAGCACAUGUGACUAACAGAAAGGAGCCAUUACAAGACUUACAUUUCAAAAACACACGUAAGGAACCUCAAGCAAAUAACCCAGAGACUAUCGCGGAUGUAAGUGGUGAACGAAAAAACAAAAGCUCUUUUAAAGAACAGACUGUCUCAAAAGAUAUCCACCCACCUCAAGCAACUGACCAAGAGACCAUUGUUAAAGUAAGGGAAGCCCGAAAAAACAAAAGCUCUCUUAAAGAACAGACUGUCUUAAAAGAUAUUCACCCACCUCAAGCAACUGAACCGGAGACCAUUGCUAAAGUUAGUGAAGCCCGAAAAAAGAAAAGCUCUCUUAAAGAACGGACUGUCACGAAAAAUAUCUACCCACCCCAAGAAACUGACCAAGAGACCAAUGCAGAUGUAAGUGGUGCCCAAAAAAACAAAAGCUCUCUUAAAGGACAGACUGUCUCAAAAGAUAUCUAUCCACCCCAAGAAACUGACCAAGAGACUUUUGCAGAUGUAAGUGGUGCCCGAAAAGGCAAAAGCUCUUUUAAAGAACAGACCGUUUCAAAAGAUAUCUUCUCACCUCAAGCAACUAACCAAGACACCAAUGCAGAUGUAAGUGGUGUUCAAAAAAACAAAAGUUCUCUGAAAGGACAGACUGUCUCAAAAGAUAUCUACCCAGCCCAAGAGACUGACCCAGUGAUUAUUGAAGAUGUAAGUGGUGCCCCAAAAAGCAAAAGCUCUCAUAAAGGAAAGACUGUCUCAAAAGAUAUCUACCCUACAUUUAUACCCUCUUCUACUCAUGCGGACAAGCGAAGGACCGCUUCGUCAAGGAAAUUAAGGUCCUCGAGUUUCACUCACUCGGAGAGAGAAGUAGAAGGGUACACUGAAAUACAAAAACACGAGUCUUGGGAAAGCACUCCCAGAUUUGAAAACAAUAAAAAUAAAAGUUUAACUCAAGGUGGUCAAUUUUCAGAAAAGGAGCCAGGUUUAUUGAAAGCUACUGACUUAAAAUCAAACACACUUCCUAAAGGUAUUACUCAGGGAAACGUCCUAGCUGGUGCUGAAGGAUAUUCAGAAGUACUGGACCAGAGUUUGCUAAAAUCCACUGCCAUUAAUUAUAAUACACUUCCGAAAACCAGCAGGCCAAAACAAGUGAUAACUCCUGAUUAUACGUCACAGAGUAAAAGCCCAUGGGAAAAAUCCAUACCUGAUUUGAAUACUAGUAUAAAUCAAAGUACCAGCACAUUUCCUAGAACAGAUUCUCAUAAUCAGCCUAAAUCUGUCAGAAGAAACCGUCCAAGGUCAAGAACAAAAGUAGCUUCAAAAGAAACAUAUGUUUAGUGCAUUUACACUGUUAUUUUCGGAGUGAUAAUUGACUUUGUUGUUACUGUAUGUUAAACUUAGCUGAACAAAAUUAACCAAAAUUGUUUUAUGUGUUAGAAUGCUUUAUUGAACUUAUUUGUUGUAUUCAUAGUGGAUUAAAAUUGUUAAAAAAUCUGGUAUCAGUCAAGAACUGUGUAAGCUAGAAGAGUACAACUAUCAACAUGGAGCUACACCCGAUACUAGAAGCAGACACAGUUCCCAACCCUGGGCUGUGGUAUGUGUUGUCAGGCAUGGGUGAGAGCCCCAGUAUGCGCGUGGGUCAGUCAUGCUCUUACAUCCCAGGUAAACAUGAGACUGAUAACGGACACCUUUAUGUGAUUGGUGGGGCCAACCCCAGUGGACCAUUUUGUGACACAUACAUGUUAGAUCUGAACACAAUGCGCUGGGAUUUUAUUGAUUCACCUGGAUUUCGUGCCAGAUAUGAGCAUGCAUCAUUUACUCCCCAGUCACAGCCUACCAAGAUAUACGUGUUUGGUGGAGCAGACCAAACAGGCAAUAUGAAUGAUAUCCAGAUGCUAGACACUGAUUCUAGCAAGUGGACAUCUGUUUCUGCCAGCGGGACCCCACCUAGUGAGCGGACCUACCACUGCAGUUCGGCUGUCCUCGGAGACUUGUUCGUUGUGUACAGUGGUGGUCAUUGUGGGUCUGACCCAGUCACAGACCGGCAGGUGCACACAUUUGAUACCAAGAAAAACACAUGGCAGACUUUGAAUGUUAAAGGUGAUUCUCCGAAGCCGAGACAUGGACAUGUGGUGGUUGCCCUGGGCAACAAAGUGUACAUACAUGGCGGUAUGUCAGGCUCAAACUUUUACAAUGACCUCCAUGUGUUAAACAUGGACAAACUGACAUGGUCGGAUGUUAAAAGGAAGAAAGUGUAUCCCGCAGCAAGAGCAGGGCAUUCUGGUGUUGCCGUGGGGACCAACUUGUUCAUAUUCGGGGGCAUGAACAGAGAUGGUUCCCUGGAUGAGACAUGGAAGUUUGAUACUGUGAAUUCCCAGUGGACAAAACUAGAGCUUCAGGGCCCUCCUCCAGCCUGCCGUCUUGACUUUGGUAUCUGUCUCAUCAUGCUCCGCCGCACCUUGGUUGUCGGGGGUGAUGCAUCUGCUGAUGUUACCAUAGCAACCAAACAGGCACAGGAAGUGCUGGAUCGGGAGAUGCAGAAGCCAGGCAGUGCAACAUCCAGGAGUAGCUGUCCAGAACUUGGGGCAAGCGAGUCUCCACCAAAUAAUGUUGUGGGUGGAGCAGAGGGUGGGUCCCAAGACCUGACUAAGGCGGAUCCUGUGGAUGAUGUGGAUGGCAACCAUGGUGAGCAAGCCACGCCCCCUAGCGAUGGGGAGAAGGUGUACACGCUGUGCUUGGUCCAUGGGGGCAUGGACACGGAGGGAGAGGUGUUCGAUGAUACACUGAUUAUUAACCUGGAAACUGUCUGACCCUAAUAAUUUUUAGGAAAAUAUGAAGCUUUGUUAAAACAUGCAGCCAAUUGUAUCAAACAUUGAUAAGUUGUCCACAGGCUAUCUUUUGGCUAGUUUGCACAUUUAGAUUAUUUGAUUGGUUGAUAGACUUAGUAAUUAUUGAAUAGAUAUUGACCAAUCAACAAACAUUUUUGCCAUCUUUGACCUAACCAAAGAGUUAAUUUAGUUUCAUGCUCUUGCUUAUUGGACAAUUUUGUAUGGAUAGAGAGAGCAUUGUUGAUCUUUAUAUUUAUUUAAGCAAAAUGAAAGGACUUUACCUGCACAUGCUUUAUGAUACUGGUACUAUACAAACAAAAGUUGUAUGUUAUUUGUUAUUUUGGAUAUAAACCUGGAAUAUAUUGACUUGCUGAUGUUUUCGGAUGUAUUGCUAUUAAUAAACGCUUUGAAUGAUGAUCUUGAAAUUGUUUAAAUAGUCUGAAUCUCUUUAUAAACCUUGACACUUUGUUAUUUCUUACUUGCUUAAGCGUAUGAAUCAAACUUUAUAUAUGUAUUUUGAAUGUUUAAAUUAUUGCUUGCUUUGUAUAAAAAUUUGAUUGAAAUAAACUUUGAGACUGUG